AUAGAAAUAGAAAUAGUUUUUGGUGAUGGGUGGGCAGAAAGAGAGAGAGCUUUAAAUCUCUAUAUCCACAGGAAAAGAUCAGUGGCCAUCCAUCCAUUCCCACGACACAAAACUGUCCAACAGCAAUCCUCUUAGGUCUCACCCUUUUUGGAAGCUCCGGCCAUGGCCCUCUCCAUUGCUUCCACUGCGCUCUCAGUCUCAACCCUCCCAAUCAGAGAAUCCCACACCAGACAUUUUCCCGGAAAAUUCACAAAACACCUCCGCCGAGACUAUUCCCAUUUGAACGCCGCCAAAUCCGGCGUCUCCAGCGUCUGCGAACCGCUCCCUCCCGACAGACCUCUCUGGUUCCCCGGCAGCAGCCCCCCUGAGUGGCUCGACGGCAGCCUUCCCGGUGAUUUUGGCUUCGACCCCCUUGGAUUGGGUUCUGAUCCAGAGCUGCUGAAAUGGUUCGCACAGGCGGAGCUGAUGCACGCCAGAUGGGCGAUGCUGGCGGUGGCCGGAAUCCUGCUACCGGAGUGGUUCGAGAGCCUGGGAUUGAUCGAGAAUUUCUCGUGGUACGACGCCGGAACCCGGGAAUAUUUCGCGGACCCGACGACGUUGUUGGUGGCGCAAUUGGGUCUAAUGGGGUGGGCGGAGGGGCGGCGGUGGGCGGACAUGGUCAACCCGGGGAGCGUGGACGUUGACCUGAAACUGCCACACAAGAAGAAGCCGGCGCCGGACGUGGGCUACCCGGGCGGGUUCUGGUUCGACCCGAUGAUGUGGGGGAGAGGGUCGCCGGAGCCGGUCAUGGUGCUCCGUACCAAGGAGAUUAAGAACGGCCGCCUCGCCAUGCUGGCGUUCGUCGGACUGUGGUUUCAGGCCAUUUAUACCGGCCAAGGCCCGCUCGAGAAUCUGGCGGCGCACCUCGCCGAUCCCGGCCACUGCAACAUUUUUUCGGCGUUUAGAUCGGGUUGAGUUGAUCUCCCACAGAAGGCAGAGAUAUAAAAGAAAGAAUUUGUAAAUUGUGACCAUUAUAAAAUAUUUGGGUGUCUAUUGAUUUUCUAUUGGUAAUUUGGAACAAUAAUUAACAUAGUGUUUACUAAAUAUUUAACAAUGUGAUGUAGUUUUAGUCCUCUAUACA